AUGUACGAGGCUUGCGUGCCGACAGAUGAGCCAGAGUCGUGGGUUGAGCUGAACUCUGGCGGAGCAGAGAAUGAGUACAUAAGGCUUUUGCGCGAGGCCCAGCGAGAGAGCCGGGACUCGUCGGUACGACACUCCAGAGCUUCGAGCAUGAAGGGCAGCCCGAAGUCGCCACCGAACAGCCCCAACCUGGAGCCGUCCACUGAAGACGAACUGAAGGGUGUCUACAUCAACUGCUGGAGAGAUGAUGCCAACGACUGGGUCUGGGAAUGGAGCAGUCGGCCUGACCAAGUGCCGCCCAAGGACUGGCGGUUCAAACACCCGGUGAACGCGCGCGGGCCUCCGUCGGCCACCUCCUCCAUCGAGGUUCUGGAGCAGCAGGUCGCUGCGCCAGUCCUGCAGCAGAGCCACUGUCUGUCGGUGCGGCGCUCAUGCCUGUUCAGUCGCGGCGCCAUCGCGGCCGUGUUGGUCACCAACAUCGUGUCGCUGCUGCUCGGAGCUGGUAUUGGAGUCUGGCUCAGCAAAAAGGGCGUGUUGCCACCGAGACUUAUCAUUCUCAACUAAGAAAGACUGAUAACCGCUGGAUUCAAGGUAAAGGCAUAAAAGGCAUUUAUUUUCUCUAAAUUGAUUCCUUUGUAAUUAUUUUUAAUUUCACUUCUAACACUACCAUCUCUAAGGAGAGAUAAAAGUGCAGGAAACUCUCCCAGAAUUCCUUUUUGCGCUCUUUUUAAUAGAAUAUAUACAAUACUAGCCGACAGACGUUGUUCUGUACAAAAUAAACAGAACCGUUUCUGAAUUUGUCAAUAAUAAUUCAUAACAUCAAGAAUUAUUUCGUAAAAUAUACUGCCUGUUGUUAUAGUGAAAUUGUUUCACAGCAGAACUGUCAAACCGUGCGUCAAUAAAUUCUCUCAUGGAAAAUAUGUCCAUACAAAACAAAUAUUGGUAAUUAAAAGAAUUCAUUAAAAUUAAUAGUAUAUUAUAUUAGUAAUAUAAUUAUUUAAUUAAUUAUAUACAUUAUUUAAUCCUAUUGGUUAGAGUGAGAGAGGAGAUGCCUGCCAACCGCUGCCUUAUACGUGAGAGAAAGGAACAGACAGGCGCCGUAACGCGUUACGUUACGAAGCGGUUGAACCUCCCGUAAGAAGUUAUCACUUCAAAAAAUGUAGAACUUGUGUCAGUCAGCAGUAUAGAUAAGUGACCAAUUAAGUCGAAUAGUCUAUACUAAUAGAACGUCAUUGACAGGGAGCAUAUUUUACAAAAUAAUUCUUGGUGUUAUGAAAUAUUAUUGACAAAUUCAUAAAAAACAGUAUUUUAUUUAUUAUUGACAGAACGUCUGUCGGGUCAGCUAGUAUAUAUAUAUAUAUAGUCUAGUUGGUACCCGGUGCGCUCCACUACACCAGCACCAAUGUCCGUCGGAGAGAUCAUGUCCCCAUCUUUAUGUGUUUCAUUUGAAAUGGGCUAACAGUUCUCGACUUUUAGGCAAACAUACACACAUACAUUCUCUUUUAUAUUACAUGAUAUAUUUUACGAUUUUAACUUUUACUCAACUACUACUUAAUCUUUCUUUUGUUUUCAGCGCCCGCGAUCGUCUUAAGGUUAAGUAAAAAAAAAAACAAAAAAAAAAACUAAAGAAUAGACAUUUUUGUAUUCUCUUAUUCCUAGU